CGACUUGAUGACGUAGAUGGUCGUAGGCGGAAGUGACUCGCCUGGCGCUACAUAGCUAGCUUCCUUGCGCUCCAGUUUCGUUUUGGCGCUAUGCUCGCUUUUCGAGCUCACGACGUGUUUAAAAUCGGCGUUCGACAAUGAAAGCCGCACGGGCAUGUUUGUGGCUGCACAUUUUGUCGACCGUCGCGUCGCUGGUCGGCGCUUUUGACCCCAUUACUACCUCGAUAAUGUUCGGAAUCGGCGCCGCGUUGAGCCGCACCAUUUAUAACUAUUUACACGAAAGCUGCGAUCACAAAUGGAUCGCCUUCAAUUCCACAGGUUUGGAGGAGGACCUGCGAAACAAGUUGUUUGGGCAGCACUUGGCGUCACAUAUAAUCAGCAAGGCGGUGAGUGGCUUCAUGAACAACGACAACCCAAAAAAGCCUCUGGUUCUGUCGCUACACGGCUGGACCGGCACGGGCAAGAACUUUGCUAGCGCGCUCAUUGCCGAGAACAUCUACAAAGAAGGCAUGGACAGCCAAUUUGUGCACGUCUUCACUGCCGAACUUCACUUUCCACACGUCGGACAGAUGGACACUUACAAGACUCAACUGCAACAGUGGAUUAAAGGCAACGUGAGCAGCUGCGCUCACUCCAUGUUCAUCUUCGAUGAGAUGGACAAGAUGCACCCGGGCCUGAUUGACAGCAUCAAGCCUUACCUGGACUACUACGAAAAGAUUGACGGCGUCUCCUAUCGCAAAGCCAUCUUUAUUUUUCUCAGCAACGCCGGCGGCGAAAGCAUCGUGGAGACGGCGUUGGAUUUCUGGAAAGCGGGCAAAAGUCGAGAGGAGAUCGAGCUGAAGGACUUAGAGACGCCGCUCGCUUUGUCGGUCUUCAACAACAAGAGAAGUGGCCUGUGGCACACCAGCCUGAUCGACAAGAACCUGGUGGACUUCUUCGUACCUUUCCUGCCGCUGGAGUACAAACACGUGUUGCAGUGCGCCUUGGCCGCCAUGCAAGCUCAGGGCGCCAAGCCAGAUGCGGGCGUGGCCGACAAGGUGGCGCAGGACAUGCUCUACUUCCCCAAAGCUGAGCGAGUCUUCUCCGUCAAGGGCUGCAAGACUAUCGAAAGCAAGUGGGAGUACUACACAUAGGGACAGUACGGACGAAGGCUUGACAGCUUUCUGACUGGCAGGAAAAAUGGACGUGGCGUUGCCCGUACUGGACGUAAGAACAAUGAUUUAAAAAAACCUUUCAAAUUGAAAGGGAAUCGUGAAAGACUAAUGUUUUUAUAGUUUUCCUAUUGUAAAUGUUUGCUGCCGUUGACAGCGGGAGAUGUCCUAAAGGAUCGGACGUCUAUCGCUGUCAGUGACACUGAAACGUAUUCCCAUGCCUUAAUGUUUACAUGGAAGACUCAACCAGCCAAAUUUGUUAUUCGGUUUUGGCACUUGUUUUUUUUUUUUCCCACAAAUGACAUCAUGAACAUCACAAAAAUAAAAAU